UGUUAAAUACCCUUUUUCUUUCAUUGUUAACUUUGGUAAUCUUCAUGGCUUCUUCCAAGGCUCUUGUUCUAACUGUGCUCUUAACAAUCAUUCUUGUUUUCUCUCUGAAAGUAAACGCAUCAAGGAAGCUAAACGAGCAAACUCAUAAUAAGGUUAGCAAAGGACCGGAAAAUGAAGAGAAAUUGACUGCUGGAAUUGGAUUUAUUAUCAGUGACAAUAAUAAUAACGGCGGUAAUACUUUCGGAGGGAAUCUGCCCGGCAAUGGAUACCCUGGCAUGGGAUACAAUGGAGGCCGUUCGGGUCGUCCAUUCUUCGGCAGUGGCCCUGGAUAUAUUGGUGGCGGUCGCCCUGGAUAUUUUGGUGGCUUCCCUGGAAAUGGCCGUGGCUAUAUUGGCAACCCUUAAACAAUUAAUAAACUAUUAAAAUAACGUUAAUUAUAUAUAUGUAUUUGAGAUGUGUGCGUGUGUUUUUAAUAAUUAAGAAUAAGAAGCAUUUGAAGGAUGUUUGAAAACACUGAUUAAUAAUGUAUGAGGUUACAUGUGUGUUUUUUGUAUGUAUGUGUUGCAUGAGUUGAGUGUCUUGGUUUAGUUAGUUUUUGUUAUAUGUGGUGCGUAAGAAAGAGAAGUACUGGACUUCCUUUCUACUUGUACGCCUUGUGCUAUUGUUCCUAUAUAUUAUUAUUACUCUUGAAUAAAAUUAUU